AUGCCUCUUGAAAGAGAAAGUAUGCAUGAAAAUGGGGUGGAGAUGCAAGGGUAUAUGGGUGGCGGGACAGUGGCGGAUUACACAUUAAUUACGCCUGACAUGGAGGAUAUGGGAGGCGGGGCGAUAAAUGAUGGGAACGAUAAAAACGAAGUUCUCUUGGAAGACGUUGUACCACGUAAACGAAAGUUUCCAUAUUGUGAUUUAAUAUCUCAUGGAGGCAUGCUCUCCGGCGCGUACAAUCUUGCUUCGGUCACGCUUGGCUCUGGCAUUAUUACUCUCCCCUCCGCUUUUAACAGCACGGGCGUUGUGCUCUCGGUUGUUGUGCUUCUUGUCAUCUCUCUGGCGACGGUGUUCUCAACCUACUUGUUGGCAUUGGCAGUCGACAAGACCGGGUAUCGUGGCUACGAGAAGCUGGCACGCGGAUUACUCGGUCGUGGGUGGGACUACUGGGCAGCCUUUAAUAUGUGGAUGUUCUGCUUUGGCUCAUGCGUCUCAUAUGUUAUCUCCGUGGGAGAUAUGCUGCGUCCCAUCCUGGAUGAUCCCUCCGUGAAUCCAUUUUUGCAAACCGUCUGGGGAAAUCGCUGCCUGGUGAUAGUGAUAUGGUUCUGCGUGAUGCUGCCACUUUCGAUUCCCAAAGAAAUUAAUUCCCUGCGUUACGCCUCGGUCGUUGGGGUCUCUUUUAUCAUGUACUUUGUUGUCGCCAUUGUGGUGCACGCCGUGCGAGGCUUUGAGCAUGGAAAGCCACGCCAUGAUCUGAAAAUGUUUCGAUCCGGCAACGGCGCCAUUAUUGGAUUUUCACUUUUUAUAUUUGCAUUCCUGUGCCAAACAAAUUGUCUUGAAGUGUACGCUGAAAUGCGGAAGCCAACACCCCGGCGCAUGACACGGGACACCACGCUCAGCAUGGUUAUUUGUUGCUUUCUUUACAUUAUUUCGGGUUUUUUUGGAUAUGCAGACUUUGGUGAUGCCAUCACGGACUCCGUUCUGCUUUACUACAACGUCCGUGACGACCCCAUGAUUGCCGUUGCUUACGCUGGUCUCGCCUUUAAGCUUUGCGUUGGAUUUGCCAUAUGUAUGCAGCCUUCUCGAGACUCUAUGUACUAUUGCAUUGGGUGGAAUGUCACCACCAUGCCUUUUUGGAAGAAUGCCCUGUUCUGCACUGCGUUGGCCAUCGUUGCUCUCGUACUGGGUUUGUUUAUUCCAAGUAUCACGAUUGUCUUUGGCCUCGUGGGGAGCCUCUGCGGUGGGUUUUUGGGCUUUAUAUUUCCCUCCCUGUUUUACAUGUACACUGGGAACUGGAGCCUGAGGACCGUUGGCUUUUUCCACUACUUCUGCACGUAUUUACUGCUUCUUUCCGGUGUUGUGGCGGUUGUUUUUGGCACAACGGCUGCUGUGUUCGGCGAGGUGAAAAAAAACUGA